CAGGAGCACUCGAUUGCCCCUCCCUAACCUAGUGUGUGUGACAGACACCACUCAUCUGAGGACACCGCUCCAUUUGGCUCCUGAGAUGUGGGUGAAUUUCCUGGAUGGCGCCUCCCUCCUGGGCAACACUGAGGCAGAGCCACCCUUGACGAGCCCCAAGGCGGAUGAGGGCUCGGAGGCCGUGCUCCCCAAGCCCAGGAACGUGUUCCAUAUCGAGGGGUCAUCCAUCCACAGGAGGAGCAAAGUGUUUGGUAAAGGUGAGCAGCAGGAGAGACACCCCAAAGACCCUUCUCCCCACCUAUACCGGAAGCCCACGGUCGAGUUGCUGGAUCUGGACACCAUGGAGGACAGCUCCGAGAUAAAGGUGGAAACAGGCAUCUCCAAGACUUCCUGGAUUCGGAGUUCCCUGGCUGCCAUCGGGAAGAGGGUCCGCAAAACCCUGGGGUACAUCACCGGAGAGAUGAAGGAGUGUGGGGAGGGUCUUAAAGACAAAUCCCCAGUGUUCCAGUUCCUUGACUGGGUGCUCCGGGGCACGUCCCAGGUGAUGUUUGUGAACAACCCUCUCAGCGGCAUCCUCAUCGUCCUCGGCCUCUUCAUCCAGAACCCCUGGUGGGCCAUCUCAGGCUGCCUGGGCACCGUGGUGUCCACCCUGACAGCCCUCAUCCUGAGUCAGGACAAGUCCGCCAUCGCAGCUGGACUUCACGGCUAUAAUGGGGUGCUGGUUGGGCUACUGAUGGCCGUGUUCUCAGACAAAGGCGACUAUUUCUGGUGGCUUCUACUCCCGGUCAUCGUGAUGUCCAUGUCUUGCCCCAUCCUCUCCAGUGCCCUGGGCACCAUCUUCAGCAAGUGGGACCUCCCGGUCUUCACGCUGCCCUUCAACAUCGCCGUGACCCUGUACCUGGCGGCCACGGGCCACUACAACCUCUUCUUCCCCACGACGCUGCUGCAGCCGGUCUCCUCUGUGCCCAACAUCACCUGGUCAGAGAUCCAAGUGCCCUUGCUUUUGAGAGCCAUCCCUGUUGGAAUCGGCCAAGUGUACGGCUGUGAUAACCCCUGGACUGGAGGCAUUUUCCUCAUAGCUUUGUUCAUAUCAUCGCCUCUAAUUUGCUUGCAUGCUGCAAUCGGAUCUGCCAUUGGGAUGUUAGCAGCUCUCACUCUCGCGACGCCCUUUGACUCCAUCUACUUCGGACUGUGUGGCUUCAACAGCUCGCUGGCCUGCAUCGCCAUAGGAGGCAUGUUCUAUGUCAUCACCUGGCAGACGCACCUCCUCGCCAUCGCCUGUGCACUGUUUGCAGCCUACCUCGGUACUGCCCUGGCUAACAUGUUGUCUGUGUUUGGAUUACCGCCCUGCACCUGGCCCUUCUGCUUCUCUGCACUCACCUUCCUGCUCCUGACGACCAACAACCCCGCCAUCUACAAGCUCCCACUCAGCAGAGUCACCUACCCAGAGGCCAACCGCAUCUACUACCUAUCCCAGGAGAAAAACAGAAGAGCAUCGACCAUCACAAAGUACCAGGCUUACGAUGUCUCCUAAGUUGCCCUUUCCGAUACAUGGCUCUGUAAAUUCAACCUUUGGCAGGGUGUCCAGGUACCGAGGCUGAAGGCCACUUAAGCUCUCCUGUCUGUUCUGUGAUUCUGCCCCCAAGCAAGCCUACACCCUAGUUAUUCCCAAGAACAGGGGAAUAUGCAUGCAGUCACUAUUCAGGAAGCUCUCUGUUCCAAGAUGCAGAAUAUUUGUCAAAAAUAUGGUUACUUUCAACUUUAUACCUAUAGCUCACUCCAUAAGAGCUCCCUUUGAGGAGAAGCUUCCCUCUUUUGCAAAAUAAACCACAUCCCUAAGGACAACUCACCAGGAAGGGGACAGAGAUGGGUGACAUUGUCAUCAGUCAUUUAGUGCAGUGAUGUCCAGUAUCAGGAAAUUAGCCAACAAGGCAAAGGGCGGAUCUGCCUCCAGCUCUGCCACGAGUGAACUCCAACCACUCAGGUGGGUCCAUCCCCCUUCCCAGCUCCAAUUUCUUACUGGUUUCAUGACAGAGAGGGGUCUUGCAGUCCCUUCCACCUCAGAAGUAUUGAUCCUUCUCUUUCCUCUAACCUGACAAGUCAACAUGACCAAUAAAUAAUUACUUUAAGCUAAGUAGAAAAUGAAAGGGCUACCAGGAGAAGAGGCAGGACAAUUUCAACGUUGUGUGGAGAUUUAUUCUCGAGUCAUGCGAUGUUCUGGAGUAGGAAAUGGCAACCCACUCCAGUAUUCUUGCCUGGAAAAUUUCAUGGACAGAGAAGCCUGGCAGGCUACACUCCAUGGGGUCGAAAGAGUUGGACACAGCUGAGCGACUGAGCACACAUGAACAUGUGUGAUGUUCUCUGACUUGGGGUUAUAACCUAAGUCCACUGGAAAUGACAACAUGCCAUCCUUUACAUCACAAAUGUUACUAUAAUUGUCAUUAAAUGAAAAGUGAUCUUUCUCAACAUUUAAAUCAUAUUUUAAACAAAUAUGUUUCCUUUUAUAAUAUUCAUAAGCAUACUCAUUAAAUGAUUAAGCUUGCAAGUUGGUGUGGGUUUUCUUAAAAGUGGGGCUCACCUGUUCUAUGAUCAAGCAUAUAUUUGAAAAGAGUAUAUCAUGAGGAUGAACAGAUAAGAUAUACUCUUACCUCUUUCCACAGGAUCACUUGCCACACAUUCUGUCUUAACACUGAGAAAGAAACAGCUAUAUAUUCAUUGUAAUGACUGUAUUAUAUAAAGUCCAAAA